GCGGCGAUGGUGCAAACAGCAGCCAGUUCAGAGGGAGUCCGACCACUUCCCAUUUCUCCCAUUACACACCGCAAACACUAGAGGGCGACAAACAGAGAGUCUUCAGUGAACGGGCCUGAACGGAGCCAGACGGCUAAAACAUGCAAUUAAACGUUUUCAGCAAUUCGUGCAGUAUUUACUGUAGUUUUGAGAAAGAACGAUGAGGUAUUACGUUUAAAAGCAACGAUCACAUACUAGUAUGUUUUUUUUUUUUUAGCAAACAGGUUUUGGUUAGUAGGACGCUAACUUACCAAUUACAGCUGCUCAACGUAUUAUUGGUGUCAAACGGUUCAGUCUCGUUAAAGUCAUUUAUUUACAUAAGGUUUAUUUACCGUCCUGUAACUAGAAUUGCAAGGCGUAAAAAUAUAACAGAAGCAUUUACAGCUGCUCCAGUGUGAGCAGGGCGAAGUUAUGGCGCGGAACCAACACGUCGGAACCAUAAAGAGAGAGCAAAUGUUUGUAAUCAGCGAGGAGGGACGGGAGGAAAGCGACGGACUGAAGUAAGAGGUUAUGGCGGUGUGUUUGGCGUGAAGGAGACCUGAGCGCCGAGGACUGAUAUGUUCAGUCUUUACACUGAAUUUCUGAACGGACAGGACUCACUUCAGACUACACGCGAAGCUUAAUCCGGUGUGACAUGAAGGGAUGAUAUUUUACCAUGAAGGUCACCCGGCUUCUCUUACGACCCCAGCACAUUGGGUGGAUCACUCCUUUCUUUAAACCCAGUCUUCAUAUACCUCUCCUGCAGUCCCCACUACCACGACUCUGCUGUGGUCAAGGGCAAAGGUGGAUUCAUUGUGGUUCAUCAGUUUGCAAGAACAAGCCAGACAGUGCAGAUUUCCGAGAACUAUUUGAGCAUGAAACUGAGAAAAAGGACAAGUCAUUGGUCACACAUGAUGACCUGUUUGCACAGGCUGCUAAGGACGCAAAGACCAAAGCUAAUUUCAACAGAGUAGUCGACGUCUUCAACAAGAAGGACAUCCGGCGGCGUGGACAUGUGGAGUUUAUAUACGCUGCUCUGAGGAAAAUGCCAGAAUUUGGUGUAGAACGGGACAUUGUUGUCUACAACAAACUCCUGGAUGUGUUUCCCAAAGAGGUUUUUGUGCCGCAGAACUUUAUUCAGAGGAUGUUCAAUCACUAUCCCCGGCAGCAAGAGUGUGGAGUGCAGGUGUUAGAGCAGAUGGAAAAUUAUGGAAUCAUGCCUAAUGUGGAAACAAAGGUCCUCCUUGUUCAGAUCUUUGGAGAGAAGAGCCACCCUAUGAGGAAGUACCAGCGUAUGAUGUAUUGGUUUCCCAAGUUCAAGAAUGCAAACCCAUUCCCAGUGCCCCACGAGCUCCCACAAGACCCUCUUGACCUUGCACGCUUCAGUCUCACCCGAAUCGCUAAUGACCUGGAUGCUGAAAUUACUGUUUAUCAGUUUCCAUUAACAGACAUCACAGAGACAGGAGAGGAAAUCGCUCAACCACAUAUUGUAGGAAUCCAGAGCCUGGAGCAGCGCUCUCUGCUUGCCAAACAUAACCCAAACAGACCUGUGUUUGUGGAGGGCCCCUUUCCUCUCUGGCUCAGGAAGACGUGUGUUCAUUAUUACCUGCUCAGGGCUGACCCUGUCCCUCCUGAGGAGAAGAUAGAGGAGGAGCCUGAUCCUGAACUGAUUGGUCCAGAGCAGAGCUUCUUCUACCCUCAGCGUGUUGAACUUGACCUUAACAGAGACUUGGGGGAUGAUGACAGCUUUGAUGUGGAUGAUGUUGAGGAAGGUCCCGUCUAUGCCAUGUGUAUGGCAGGUCAAAGUGACCAAGCUACCCUAGCCCGAUGGAUCUGCGGCCUGCAGGAGACCAACCCUGUCUUGGGUCAGAUCCCCACUGUGUUUCGCCUGGAGUCCGGGACCAGAGAGCUCCAGGCGGCUGCAGAUGUCCAUCACAGCCCUGAGCAAAAUGCAGAACCAGGAACAGAACAGGAGCACAUCAUAGAGGAGGAAACACUGCGCUCACAGGGGAUGAAGCAGUGAGUGGACUGUAGUGAGACUCCUCUCACACUGCAAUAAAGGUGUUAACAUCAGUCAA